AUGAAUGAACUAAAACCAAAAAGAAUAGUACUCGCGAAAGCUUGUAGCAAGUUAUUUGAAUCAUGCGGAACUUAUAAUAACAAUAACGAGAGUAAUAAAGAUGAUGAAAAUGAUGACAGCGAUGAUGAAAACGAACUUAUACUAAACACAGAAAUCGCUCUUGAUAACGAUGAAGGUAGACUAGAUGAACUUCGAAAAUUCAUAAUAGAAUCAUAUUCAAAACUUUGGAAAAAGAACUUUACUGAUCUUAUUCCAUUAGGAAUUUUUAUGAAAGACUCUAUUGAUGAUAUCGUGCAAAAAACUUGUGUCAAUUCUACUGUAUUUGCAUGGCAAUGUAUUGUAACGAAAUGGACUGGAUAUUUUAUAACUUUAAUUGCACCUGGUAUUUAUGUAAUAGUUGAAGUUGGUCAUGUAGAAUUGCCAAGAUCCUUUGAAACCUGUAGCACGUUUUUAAAUGGAUUAGAUCUUUUGAAUGCAUAUCAGAUGGCGUAUAAACGAUCCUCAAAAGAAGUUUUAUCAGUAAUAAAUGAGAAUAAAGAAGACUUAGAAAACCUAGCAGAUUCGCUAACUGCUGAACUCAGAACAUGGAAUCGACCAACAUUGGGGACGCCGUUGUUUUAA